AUGUAUCGUGGACCCAGAAUGAAAACAGCGCCAUUUGCGCCAUUCAAUAAAGCCUUCUUACCAGAAAGUAUGCUUAGGAAGUUUGGUUUCGUUAAAAGCAAUGAUAUGCCUUAUGAAAGAUCACACGCAGUUAGAACAACUCACCAGGAAUUCUAUAAAGUCGUCCAAGAAUCAAUGUUUGGUGCACCAAACCACAAAAUUCUUCGUGUAGAUCCUUUAAGAGAAAAAAUUAUUAUUUCUGAUACAGAAAAAGGAAGAGGUGUUUCGUUUGCAUUCUCAGAUAUUAAACAGGUUGUUACUGAUGAUAAUGAUACAUGCCGUGUGUCAGUAAUCCCACACGACAGCUCAUAUCGUACAAUGACUUUUGGAAUGGAAUCACCAGAAGUUGCUCUAGCAUUUACACAGAGACUUGAAACCUUAGUUCAAGCUCGUAAAAUUGGUGAUAGCUAA